AAAAAGGGUUUAGUGUCACAGAAGAGAGGAGAUUACCACAAUGUCUGCAGGAUCGGCAGUGGCAAUGAUAGGUGCCAACCUUCGCUUCGGCAGCAGUAGUGCCAACGUGACGUCGAACGUCACCAAAGUGUUCCAGUGUCACCCGGGGGGCACGGCGGAAGCAGCCCUUAUUUUCGCCCUAGGCACGUUAGGAAUGGCGGCCAAUUUGGCCCUUAUGGCUGUUAUACUUUCCAACAAACAACUUAGAAGGUGGUCUCAAGGGCUCCUGUUCCACCAAGGCGUAGUAGAUUGCGCUAGGGCAGCCCUACUUCUACCCCUAGGAACCUCAAUCCUUCACUGUCAACCUGUGCACAAGUGCUCAUUGGUAGAAACAGCGUUCCUGCUACUAGUCACAGUGGCAACUGUCAACAUGUUGACAACUGUACUGAACGAUUCUCCUGUUUUCCCUGAUGACGAGGACGCUGAAAGUACUAUAACUGAGGCACCGUUGUUGAUGGAUUCGCCUCAGUGCGUACUGUUCGGUACUUUCAUGAUAUGGUUCGCGUCGAUCACUAUCAAUCUAGGACCAACGUUUCUUUCAGGCGCUUUAGCAGCUCAAGGUGAAGCCGGCCACAAACACCCAUCCUGCCCUCUAAUCUACGGCCCUUUGAGGCAUUACAUCCUCAACGCCCUCUGGAUAGCUGUCAAUUUAGUUUGCGUCUUUUUGACGCUGUUUCACCUGCGAAAAUUGCACCGGGACUUGACGAAGGCUAAUGUGGAAGCUGUCAGAGUCACGGGAUUGGUUACUACGUUGGUUAAUAUUACCGGAGGAGCGAAUCACGUUAAUUGUAACAGUGAAAGGGAACGCAACGGCGCCGUCGAGGAGCACAGACGAAUGCGGGAGUAUCUGCGAAAAAUGGAACGCGAUGGGGUACAGAGGGUCAAAAUGUUCCUCAUCAUAACGGCGGCCUAUGUGCUAUUUUGGGGCCCCCUAUUCUUCGUCACGCUCAUCAAUCACCCGAUCGUAGGAAGCAAUCCUUUAGGACACGAGAUCACCCUCCACAUAUCGUACGUGCACGCCAUCGUAAACCCCACCCUCUUCCUCGUCCUGCAUCGAGGCCUGCGCAAGGCCGCCCUCGACGCUUGCUGCGGCUGGGUACCCGUGUGGGUAGGACCUCCCCCCGUGCCCACGCCCCCCGAUCCUCCCCGUCGCACUACCGUUCCGGAAAUCGCCUGCCUGAAGCCGCCCAUGCCAGCGCAUCCCGACAGUGCAAUGGGAAACGCCGAUUUGAGUCUGUGGUCCCCGGACAGUCCCACAGAUUCAGUAUUGCCGCUGGACACUUUAAACGGUGGCCUCGAGACCAGAUGCUUUCCCAGUCCCAAGCUGGACAGAUCGCCAACGGAAAGUGAAGAAUAACGAGACGACUGAGACAGAUCCACUAGAAUUUAAAACAUAUAUAAUAACAAAAUUAUUUCUCGAGGAUUGACACAAGAAAAAAAUUUCUAAAAUACUCUCAAUGUACUUAUUAUCUUAUAAAAUAAGAAAUAAUACCUAUAUAAUAUAAUAAACAUACUUAAUGAAUGUUUUGAUGUCAUAGGACUAGAAAAAACUAUUUAUUACAACAAAUUAACAAAAUAAAUGUUUUAAAUUCUGGUGUUUCUUGUCUCAAAAUAUAGUAACGAAAAUUUCACUAAAUUUAUAGGAAUUGAACGACU